UUUCAUCUUCAUACUGCGAUUUUAACUAAUUUUUAAUCAAAUGCGAAUUUUUAAUGAAUGUCAUGCUAAUAAAUAAUUUAGGUUCUUUGAGGCGCUACUGUGUGCAAGCCAGCGGCACUUUCUAUGCUACUACUCCAAUUUUUUACGUCAAUGCCGCCCCGCACAUUGGACACCUUUAUUCGGCUGUAAUAGCAGAUGCUCUGUCUCGAUAUCAACGUUUGCGACAGCCUCAAACGCAGGUGCAUCUUUGCACAGGAACCGACGAACAUGGCACAAAAAUUCAGCAAGCAGCGGCAGCGCAAAGUGUACCAGUUGCCCAAUAUUGUGAUGAAAUCUCUGCACGUUAUCGGCAAGUUUUCAAAGAAGUUGGUAUAGCUAAUACGGAUUUCAUACGUACCACCGAGCAGCGGCAUAAGCAGGCGGUUGCGCAGUUUUGGCGAACUUUACACAAGCUUGGCCACAUUUAUUCAGCCGCAUACAGUGGUUGGUAUUGCGUUUCGGAUGAGACUUUUCUUACCGAUUCUCAAUUGCGGUUAGACAUUGCAACGGGUGCACGUUUCUCGCUCGAGUCGGGUCAUCCUGUUGAAUGGACUGAGGAGACAAAUUAUAUGUUCCGUUUGUCAGAUAUACAAGAAAAUGUCAUAUAUUGGGUUAAAAAAGGUGGUCAUGUACGUCCAAAAAAGUUUGAAAAAAUACUCUUGGACAUGUUAAGUGAACCACUACCAGAUGUAUCGGUUUCGCGUCCUGCGAAUCGUGUACAUUGGGCUAUCCCCGUACCCGACGAUGAAACACAAACUGUCUAUGUAUGGUUAGAUGCGCUAAUAAAUUAUCUUACAUCAGCGGGUUAUCCAGAUAAAAAAUACCGCAAGUUUUGGCCACCAAACGUACAAGUAAUCGGAAAAGAUAUUUUGAAGUUCCAUGGCAUUUAUUGGCCUGCAUUUCUUAUUGCUGCAGGCUUGGAACCGCCACAACAACUAUUUGUACACUCCCACUGGACAGUAGAUGGGCAGAAAAUGUCGAAGAGUAAGCAGAACGUCGUGGAUCCGGUUGCGUCUACCAAAACUUAUACAAUGGAGGGUCUGCGGUAUUUCCUGUUGCGUGAGGGUGUAGCGCAUAGUGAUGGCAACUUUAGCCACAUAAAGGCAUUGCGCAUCCUGAACUCUGAAUUAGCAGACACGCUGGGAAAUCUCUUAUCGCGAGCUUGUGCAAAAUCGCUUAAUCCGCAACAAGUUUACCCACGCCUGCAUGCGGUGCAAGUCGACGAUUUGCUGCGGAUGGAUGCAACCAAGCGGCUACAGGAUGCAUUGCAACAAAUUGAAGCACGUUGCGCCCAACAUUACGCAGAUAAUAAUUUCUAUCUUGUGGUAGACACAGUAAUAUCCACUUUGCAUGCGGCCAAUAACUUCUUUGAAACGUCACGUCCGUGGGAGUUGAAGCGCCCAGCGGCUGUUGUAACCACCGGCAAUGAUGCUGUGGAUGCUGCUAAUACGCAGAAUAUUGAAAAUUUCGAACGCUUGGAAACGAUAAUCGCCAUGACAAUGGACACGUUGCGCAUCUGUGGCAUUGUGUUGCAACCGAUUGUGCCGCAGCUGUGUGGCAAGUUGCUAGAUAAAUUGGCGGUGCCGCAAGAGCAACGGUUAUGGCGUAAUUUAGACGAUUGCUUUGCUACGAAGUCGUCUUAUGAAAAUGUAGCAAGGCCACUUGAUGUGCACACAGAUGCAGUGCUAUUUCGGCGCAUUCUGCUUAAGGAGGGGCAUUUGGAGGCGGGUCAGCCGAUUAAGUCACCGUCAGUGCCGCAAACAAAGGAGAAGAUGAAACAAAAACAAAAGGAGAAGACGGCAAGGAGCAAGAAAGCGGCACAGUAACUCGGAGUAGUAGUACAAACUUCGGAGAUGGGAGAUCGGCUGCCAGUUGCUUACAAAUAUUACCGCAAUGACAAUAAAAAAAAAAGUCUCUACAAUCGAGCAGGUAUCUGAUUCUACGGUGUAACUUGGUGGCCGCAAGUGCUAGUAUGCUAGCAUUGGUAUUCAGUGUGUGCUGCAAUGAAGUCAUUUAAAUUUGUUACAAUUUCUUUAGCUUCCUGUCGGCAUCCGCUACGUGCCGCCAUCCGCGCGCAGAGCCUCUUCAUAUAAUGUUUCACAUGCAACCUAGACGUUCAUCCUUAUUUCGCCAUUUCUCUUCGCAUUUCUUCUGUUAUCCUUCGUCUUCGUCUUCUGGUGUUCAGCACGUAGCGACAGUAAAUUGUUUUAAUAGUUGAGCGACCAGACUGCAAGCGAUUACUUCAGGUCAUCUCCGUGCUCUUCGCUUGUUUCUUGAUAUAUGCACAUGCAUACAUACAUAGAUCGCCAAAUAAUAUAUGUAUACUUUUUCAUUGUUUACUCAAGUGAUUUUUGUUAUCAUUAAUUUCGUUUAUUCGCUUUUAAGUUUCUUCUUUUAUAAGAUGAGACUGUCAUACAAUAUAGUGAAAGUGCUGAUAUCAUAAAG